AUGCAAGGUGCAAAGUGCAUGUCAUUCAUGUAUCAUAUGUAUGGAAGUUCCAUGGGAAGCUUGAUAAUCUACAUGAAGACAAACAGCAAUGAAACAGUGGAAUGGAUUAAAACAGGCCAUCACCACAAUCAAUGGCUCGAAGCUGUUAUAUUCCUCAAUUCUUCCGCUCUCUACCAGGUAAUCUAUCUGACUGAUAAAUUGAGAAAGCGGGCUAUAACCUAAUUUCAAUUAGUCUCUGUCUGUGCUGGCUUGAUGCAGAAUCUGUUAACCAAGUAAAGUAAAAUAAAAGAAGAUAUUGUACACUGCCUACAUGGAAGAUAGCAAAAGAAUCAAACUACUACCUUUACUUGCUUUUAGAUAGAGAUUUUAAGCCAACAGUCAUCUUUGCGCAAGCAAGAGUACAUGACAGGAUAUACGAGACUAAGAGAACACUGUAAAUUAACUUUCUAUUAUUUAUACAUCAGGAACUCUAACACCUUGCAACAAAACCGUCAGAAAAACGAUUAAAAAUUAACCAAGAUUAUCCAGUCUUCGAAUUCCUAGAUUGAUGGGUGCGAUGUUUAUUGAUACAAUAGUAUCCCAUUGUUAUAAGCAUAGUUCUUGGUGCUGCAAUGAAUUUAAAUGACUGUAAAGUGCAACGCUUGACGUCACCUAUGCAGGUUUUUGUAAAAGGAUUCUGAUAACAAGGAUAUCACUGCUGAUUUAGCAACAAAUUACGCAAUUGCUUUAACGCAAUCAGAAAUAAGUACGGUUUAGCAGUUACUCCCACAAUGAGGUGCUGGGGUCAGUAUACUGUUGCAUUGUUCUUUUUCCGUAAGCUCUUUUUAGCCUAGUUUAGACUAGUUACCGACAAGCGUACCAGAAUAUGUCCACUAACUAACUUUCAGGGUUUAAUCUUUAUAGAUUGUAAUGGAGGGAGUACGGGGCGUUUCCAGUACAAGUGAUGUAGCCAUAGAUAACAUCGCAUUCAGAAAUGGAUCCUGUCAACGACUUGGUAUGUACGAGUAUAUUUACCACUGCAUUUUUGAAAUAGCCCAAUAUGCUGACACUUAAACAAGGAUCAAACUCAUAAAACUUAUUGCAAUCGACAUUUGUAACCUGUUUUCCUUUGUUUCAAGUUACCAAGUCGUUUUACGCCUUCAUAAAGGAAGAUGCUAAAGACUUCAAAUUGGACAGAAUUCCAGUUCACAGUGGAUGGUUCUAUCAGUUUACAGUGCAUGCUCUUCAAACAAGAAACAUUUCUACCGACGUGAUGUACUUUGUGUACCCAGCAAACACUGUCCAUUGUGCAAGAAGCGUCACCCAAGAGCUUUCAUUAGACGAUCUCAAUUGCUUCCCUCGAGACUUCUUCUUUUCUUCAAGGACGUACCAGCCACAUUACAAAAAGGUGUUGCUUCUGAACCGAGGAGAAAAAUUACCUUACGGGAUUGCCUUGGAGGAAUACCAAAACUGCUGUGGUCAAACAAAUGUUGAUUACUUCUUUGCAAAUGUGUCCUUAGACCGUAAGUUAAUAACUGAACUUACACUAAGUUGUCUGUAAACUUAGCUAUUAAAUUCAUCUUUUCCUAAUAUUAUACGGCGGUUAGUUUUCUUUUAAUUGUGACCUUAAUACCACCCCCGGCUGGUAACGAGAUAUCCAGUUAUACGGCUUAUAAUAAUUAAUAAUAAUAAUUAAUAUAAUAAUUAAUAAUAAUAAUAAUAAUAAUAAAUAAUAAUAAGGAUUUAUCAAGUAAUUAUAAACCCUGAAGCUUUGGUCAGUUGUUCAGAAACUGGUGUAUCGAUUCUUUUUUUUUUUUUUCAGCUACAGAACAAAAUGCAUGCCCACCUGGCUGGCUUAAUUUGGGCGAGUCAUGUUUUAGAGUGCAUGUAAAAUCUUACGAAAAAUGGAAAGACGCCAGGUUUGAGUGCCACAACCGUGGAGGAAGACUUGCUGUUCUUGGAAAUGCCGUCAAACUGCACGCACUUUCACGAUUCAUCGAUGACUAUACGGGGGCCCCAGUAGACUUUUUCGUCGGGGCUUUUUCUACCAAUCGCUGGAUUACUGUCCGAAAAGAACUGUUUCCAGUUCAGUCGUUACUAUGGGGACCCUCUGAACCUUCAGGUGAUGGUUGGUGCACCGACCUGAUUUUUGCGGAAAAGUGGAAUUCUAAGUGGAAAGGAAAAGGCUGGAGAGUUAACGACGAAGCCUGCUUGUCAAAAAGAGGAUUUGUCUGCCAGAAGCCAAAGAACACCUCAGGUACUGAUAACAUUAAAAACGGCCAGACAAAUUUAGUAUAUAUGCGACUGAUUUAAACAGAAUUUUUAAUUGAUAUUAAAUCACUAGAGGAGGGAUUAUAAAAAGGUUGGAAAAUAAAUUAGUACUUAAUAAAACGAACCUAGCAAAAUUCGCAGCCUUUUGAGUGGAAAAUGGCCAAAAGGCAGGUGUUUUGCGCCCGAAAAGCCCGGAAAUCACACUAACGAAGGGAAAGGAAACUUAGAAAGAGGGAGGAGAAAGAAAGGAAGAGAAAAGAAAAAAAGCAAUGGUUGCACUCUUAGUUUUCAUAUUGGCUAUUUUGGAGAUGUUUUUAAACAGAAAAAUGUACGUAACUGAAAGGUCUGUUUGGCGUUAACGUUUACAAAAAUCCAGCUGGACAUAUAGUCUGUAAAAUAUCUUUUUCUGUCCGCAAGGAUCAUAGAAUUACUUGUAGGUUGACUUUGGCAAAAGGCUCUCUCAGUAUAAACGAUCACAUUGGUGAUUGAUUUCAUAGGAUCAACGUGCGAUUCCGGUUGGUUCGAGGUGGCUGAUUCAUGUUUUCGAGUGUUUGCGGGGACUUCCUUUGCUAAAGAAUGGGGCAAGGCUCGUGCGUCCUGCUUACAGCAAGGAAGUGACCUAGCCGUCGUCGAUUCUGAAAUUAAAAGAAAAAUCAUUGGAGAUCAUCUCACUAACAUAGCCAACAGGUACCCAGGUGAUAACAUCGACGCAUUUCUCGGCAUUCGCAAAUUUCGCACAUGGAAUUGGUUAGACGGCAACAGUGUUUCAGCUAGCAUUUGGCAUGCUGGGUAUCCCGAUGUUUCGAAGAGUGGGCAGUGUGGCUUGCUAGAAAAAAGGUCACUACAAUGGAAGCUCGCUCAUGGGUCUUGUGGAUAUCGACGCAGUUUCAUUUGUGAAACAGAUGAACGUAAGUCCUUCGAUAUGGUAAAGUCACUUCAGGGUUUUUUUUAUUAAGUUCGUUUUAGAUCCGUAGAAGAUCACAACGCAAAUUCUGGAAACCCUCCUUCGAAGAAGAUUCCUAAAUUUUGCUUUUCCUAUUAUUCAAUAAUACUUAGGAAGAUUUUUGGUCGGUUGGCAAUCCGUCCAUUCAUCCCAGGCGAACAGCAGAGGUAAGCCCUUCCACGCCGUCGACGGUAACGUUGCGUCUUGUUUCACAGUUAAAAGGCAAAAGGUAAGUUCUUUUGCGGUAAGAAUCCAUUUCAGUUGUACCCCGCUUAUCAGAUGGAUCAUCUAGCUUUGCUCGUGGUUAAAUUAUCUUUUUUGUUAUCAAGUUCCUAGAUGUCAAGAUGUCUCCAAUAUUCUGGCCUUUCGGCUUGUCAAAAGAGUGACUGACAGAAAGUUCUUCAAAGUCUAGUCACUUCCUGUUUAAUUUAUGCUGACUCACCACAAGAAUCUCCCCAACCCUUUCACAAAAUAAAUGCUGUGGCUUAUAUAUUACCCUUGAUUUAAUUUUUAUUUCGUUGUGUUGUUGGGUAUGGUAAUAUAUGGUAUCCAGUUUGAAACGACAAAUUAAGGGGUUCGACCAAGAAUGAAAUUGAACCACAACUUGUGUGAAGUACUGUACUGUACUGUACUGUUAAAACUUUCUUUACUACAGGGUCAGCCAGUCUGGUGGACUGUAACUUUGCAGAGGCCAGGAUUCGUCAGCAAAAUCUGGAUCAUUAAUAGGCUAGGGUGCUGCUUAGCACAGAUGCCCAAACAUGUUUCUUUGAGCAACAGCGUGAAAACCGAAAAAGCUAACUGUAAAGUUUACUCCUGGAAGGAUACACGAAAAACACUGAUGAUCUGUGAACCGUUGAUUUCGGCUUCAAAUGUAACUAUUUAUGAAGAUGGUGUAGACGAUUUAAGCCUGUGUGAGGUGAUGAUAACGGCAAUCGGUGAGAAAUGUAAACGUUUUCUGUUUCAUGUACAUUGAUUUUCUAAUAGUAAUUUAUUGAUGGAUACGUGCCAUCCACCAGAUUCAAAACUAAGAAAGAAAAAUUAUUGUCAAAUACCUCCAAGUUUGACACGGUGACCGUUUUGACGCGCUGGCACCCAUGCUGUGCAUCAGAAACGAGUUCUUGGUGUUGACUUUGGAGCGCACAAGAGAAAUAAUGUUAACCCUGAUGUGAAGAAAUAAUGAUGCACAGACAAAAAUAUGCGAAUAGUCUUAUAAACAUUGGUUGUAAGAAGCACGUCUUUGCUUCGCUUAGAAUUGACAAAUAUAUUCGACCGUUAUGAAAUACACAGAAAGCGAAGACAGUCUUCACGGCGUUCUUCAAGAACUUUGGUACAAUAUUCGUUCGGGUACGAUAACCAGUCUGCGAGCUGAUAGCAGAUUUCCAAGCAAUCCAGAUGUUGUGAACAUUCUCCAACAGUUUGACGCUCCCUUCUAUUUCCAUACAGAUUACGGACAACGACUGACAGCGUAUUUGCAGGUAAAUAGUUCUUAUAUUGCUAUUUUUUCUUUAUUAUUGUUCUCAUUUAAUGUUGUAAGUAAGAAUGAGUACGGAUACAAAAUGAGUUGCAGACCUUUAACCAAGUAUUCUCUGUAAAGGAUUGGACGGAUCAUUUUUAAUGUUCUGUUUCGGUUUUUUUUCUUUCUGGGCGUAAGUACUUGGUGUUCUCCAUCACUUUCUAUACGUACACCCAAAUGUCCCUAUUACUAAAUACUGAAGUUGUUCUGUGGAAAGCAAUUCUGUUGGACAUCCCUUGUGCGUUCAGUGACAGGAAGUAAGCCGUACCUGGCAAGUCAGUCAUUUUAUUUUUUUCCUUUUUUGUCUCGCGUAAGGUUCCCGAAAGCGGCAAUUAUACCUUCUUUGUCGCAUGUGAUGACACUUGCGAGCUUUGGUUACACAAAGAGAGCGAAGAACACGUUGAAAAAAUAAAGGACGAUGAGUCAUCUGGCAAGCUACGUUUAAUGAAACUGGACUUUUGGACAGCCCACAAUCAAUGGAAUAAGUAAGACUACCUUGUUUUUCGAUGAAAUAGUUAUCUUAUUUGGGAAACUAAACCACGCUUCAUCAUAUUUUUACCUAGUUUUUCAUCUUCUCUUUAUCUACACAGACUGCAAUCCGUACAUGCAUUGUGUAACAGCUUUUAUCUAAAAGCUGGAGUAAAAAGGAGUCAAAAUUUGUUUUUCCAUUUAUCAUAAACCGUAGGACCGACCAGACUCAAAGUUUAAAUUGCUUUGCAUUAACGUAACACACAUUUUUUACUGCUGAUUUUGGGUCUGUAGGCCCAAUGAUGCUUCUUAGAUAUUCUUAAACCAUUAGCAUGUCAUGAGAAUGAACCCACGCAUAAUGUCGUUUUAUGUAUGCAAGCACGUUUUUAAUUAUUUGUUUAUUUUUGUGUUGGUCACAUUAUCAUCCAAACUCUUUAUGUGUACGUUUCUUUAGAUUUCCCUCUCAGCAAACAUCCAAAGAGAUCUGGUUGAGUAAAUGUCAAUUGUACUCUUUGGAAUUAUUAAUGAAGCAAUCUGGAGUAAGUGAUUGUGCAUCCGUAGGAAUGAAGCUACCAAAUGGGACAUAUAAAAGCCCAAUAACUGAGGAUCACUUAUUUUGGGUGCGGCCAGGUAAACAUUUUCAUGCAGUUGAUACUAGUGAACGGGGACAUCUUUAGAAAGCGGAAAUUGUCCGUGUAUGAGCAUGUUUGCCCACGGAUGGUUUCUUUUAAGCGUUGGUCUCUAACUUAAACUGUUUUGUUUUUACCUUUUGAUUUGCUUGUUUGACGGAAACUUGCUCAUUCGAGUGCGGUUUGAACGAUCUCUUUCUCCUACUCAAGUAAGCUGUCAAAACAGGUUAUGGCCGUCAAAAUAGAUCAUGACCAGUUGUAAGUGAAGAGAAGUGAAUGGGAAGUGAAUCCGCACUAUAUGUUACUUGCGGUUCACGAGUGAGAAGGGAGUAAGCAACUCUAGUAAUCCAUGACGAUUCCAAACGGUGAUCGGAUAAAGAGUUGUCUGCAAUUCUAGACUAAUAUAUUUUGAAAACAUCGAUACUCCUUCUGGCAGUUUACGAAGGAUUAGCAAUCUGUUUUAUUUUUAUACGAUUUGCAUUCACACAGGUGUUGGAUACAUAGACUUUCAAAUAACGUCUAUUCCUAAAAAAGUCACUCUCAAGGCUGGUCAAAAACUUCUUAUUCAAGGUAUUUUUAAGUUUACUGAAGGGAAAUUACUCGUAUGUGAAGGUUAUAAGUGGUGCAUGUUAGUUGUGGAAAACCAUUUUGGCGAAAGGUUAAGUUGGACAGCACAGCUACUAUAGAGUGUUCUCACUCACGUGACCAGCAUCUAUGAAAAUUUAUCGGAACAAAAUAAGGUGUUUACAUAAGAAAAGAGUUUAACUACCAGAGGACUGGUAUGGAACACCAAUAUGGCCACCUUGACGUCAUCUGAAAACGCUCUAUAGCUCUAAAUGCUAUAAAUUAAUAAAGUAUCUGAUCAACUGACGUUUUGUUGUGAAAAGGUCUGGAUAAUACGUGUUCUUGUAUUGAUUAACCUGUUCACACUUUCGAGUCAUUUUCUCUUCUUUAACCAUAUAGCCAAUUACAAAUAUUGCUGCCGUGGAUUGUACUGUCCCGGAUGCCCAAUUCGCUUAUAUGUGAGCUUUGGUGAGCAAAGGAUUUUGGUUCAUAAUGAAUUACCAAUGGAUUGUCAAGAGCGCCAUUUCAACACUAGUCUCGACACCUUUCAACAGGAAGGAACAUACCAAAUUAACGUAAGCAGUUUACUUUGUAGUUAAAUGAUAAGGUUUAACCUAGCAUUCGCCUUAAUCGCUGUGUAUCGUCGUGUGUUAGGUAUCUUAUGGCCUGGUCGAUACUUCGUCGUAUACAACCGAGGUUUCAAGGGAAAUUAAGGAAGUUUAUAUCUCAGGUAUGACAAUCCUGUCUGGAUGUUAAAAAAUAAUUCUUGUUUGUCUCAAGUGUUUUUUAUCCGGUACAAGUUUCCACUUUUAUUCUUUCCAUUAGCUAUCCUAGUUGAAGGUUGUAGCUUCAUAUCUGACCUUUGUUCUUGGAACAGUAAAAAUAAUGGCUGGACACUUUCAUCGUCUGACAAAGGUUUGUAUUGUUGACUCUGUAAUAUCCAUGUACAUAAACCUUUGGUAUCCACCUCAAUACAAUGUAAUGGCAUCUGAAUGCAGCCCCAACAAUCGACGGUGGCUGAUGGACGAAUAGGUGAGCACUCAACUAUCUAUGAUUUUACUUUGGAAUCUGUAGAGUAAAUUAUUAUUAUGCACGGUGUAAACAAUUUAAAAAUAUUUUCUAUGCAUAUCAAGUCAAAUGGUACCAUUUUGCGAAUACUACUUUGAGCAGUUUAGUUGGUGACUGCGAAAGAAAAGACUAAUUUUGACGCUACAGAGUUCUUCCCUUACACUGCUACGCAAUGAUAGGAAGAGCCGACAGCUAACGCUUGGCUGCCAGAGGCCUUGUCGCAAGCCUGGUUACAGAAAAUGUUUAUUUUUUUCAUGGGGACUCUUUGAACUUUAUAAUAAGGACAUUGGGAAUUAAUUGAUGUGCUAUUUUUCUAUGUUUAUUCAGGAAUUCUGGCCCGUUUGGACGGCAAAGUUGCUGUUCUAGAGAGCCCGUGGAUUUCGAAAAAUGUUAUUUACGAAAAAACUGGAUUAUGCCUGUCCUUCUCUUAUCUUCUUUCGGGUUAUUCUGGAUCAUCAAUACAUUUUGUACUGCUGACAUCAUCAAAUGUCUCUUUGUGGCUUCUCCAUGGUUACCAGGGCCAAACCUGGCUGGGAGGCCAAGUGUCAUUCAUAGCACGUGAUGAUUUUAAGGUAUUGUGUCUGGUGGCAUAAUCAAGCUUUUCGUGCCCUCGUACUGAGGAUUGAUUCAUUAAAUGAUUUCUUUUUUUGUAGGUUCUUGUUGUUGCUAUCGGAAAACAGCCGUCUGGGAUUAAUCCCGUGGCAAUUAAAAACAUUAGUAUUGAUACAAAACAGUGUGAAAGACUACCACUUCAUAGUUUACCAGGUAAGUACUCUUUCUUAAUAGUCUUCACUUUGUCCAUAACUGUGAUUGUUAACACCAUCUUGGUACGUUCAGCUGUCCGGCGACGUAAAAUCUGCACUAAUAUGAAAACAUGAGUGAUUAAAAUAAACAAAAUAAUAGUAGUGGUAGAAUUGUUACCCCGAGGAGCUGCACAAACUUUGCUGACUGUCCUCAUUUUUUUUCAGGAUUCGUGUGCAAGAGCAAUAGUGGUUUUCAGUGCGACAAUGGUCAAUGCGUAAGCAAAGAUCUAGUAUGCGAUGGAGAUAUUGCUUGCAUGGACAGCUCUGACGAGAAGGACUGUAAAUGCCUCACAAGUGAUUUUGUUUGUCCCGCUGGGGAAUGUCUUGAUGUAGAGAACCUAUGUGACUCGAGAAAGGACUGUAAGGACGGAACAGACGAGGCAAGAUGCGGUAAGCAACAGAUUCAAAAAAGUUCAUUUAUUUCCUGGAAUAUUUGUUACUUUAGGGUCUCAUUAAUAUAUAGGGCAAAGCUGCUCGGAAGAUGCUUUUUCUUGCGCUGGAGGUGGUUGCGUACCAUGGUCUUUCACGUGCGAUGGAGAAAAGAACUGCGAAGACGAAACGGAUGAGCCAUCUAUAUGUGGUAAUGUUGCAUUUGUUACAUGUAUUUUUUUAAUGGUUCUUUUUGCUGCACAUUAAAGUAAACAGCGAUUUGUCUUUAAGCUUAGUAUAAUUUGGUUAGUAAACGUUUAACCGGCGAUACAUAAACUUGGUGUAGUAGACACGUCUGAAUCUAGCGUUCAAGGUAUUUUCACAGAGUGUGAGCGGUAAACUUUUCGAUAGACAUUAUUUUAGCAAAUAAAGGUCGUUCUUUAUAUAUUUAUGACUAUGCACAGAUUAGUGCGUAGGUAAAUGUCUUGACUGAUCUCAGAAUGAAAGCUACUGCCAAUAUCCUGAGUUUUUUUCUACAUCGGGACAGAAUCCGGAUAGAAUAUAGCUGUUGCCACCAAAUUUGUAGAUGGCAAUACCUACUAGCGGGUACCGGUAUAUUUCCCUUGCUAAAAUGUGAUUCUAAAUACUAAAGUGGUCAGUCCCAGAAUGUCAAAUGAAAUAGAAACGACAGUUUCCUUAAAAAAUGAGCCACAACUUUGAAUUUGGAGCAAGACAUGUUUCGUUCGAUCUACGAUCAUCAGUUGCAGGUAAUAUAGUUACUGGGAUUUGAAAUACGAAUAUACGGUGAUGCAUCAUGCAAUUGCAUGCAUGUACGUGACGUUAACACCGACGUGAUUACAAUAUAAAAUUUACGUUUUUAAUAAGCGUUAGAUAACAACAACAACAACGAGCUUCAUUUGCAUGACCAUACAAGCACAUACAGUAUUGCAAAAGCUAUUUUUAGGAAUCAAAAUUACAACACAGGGCAAUUACGUUGCUUUGAUAAUAAUUUGUCACGAACAUCAAAACAAGCUGAAAUAUAUUUAAUUUAUGAAUUUUAUAUUGAUAAAGUACUUAGAAGAGUUCAUCAGUUCAUUGGUCCAACCGUUUAUAGGUAACUGGAUAAUAUUUGUAAUCAGUGUCUUGACUUUAUAGUAAAAUUUAUUCCUAAUCAUAGAGUAUGUAGGACAUUGAAAAAGAAAGUGAACUUUGUCUUCUAUUGCAUUGCAUCCACAAAAAGGGCAUUGCCUAUUAUCCUUCGUAUUUUGAUUAUAUCUGCCUACUUCUACCAUUAGUUUGCGAUUGCUUAUUCGUAGUUUUACUAAAGCCCUUCUCCCAGCUGUUCCUAACAAAUGUUACACAAGCAAGGGAACGGUAGAAAAAAAAAACCAAAUAAAUUAAAUAUCAAAAUCUGUUUAAAUGUUUAAUACGCAGCAAUAAUAAAUGAAUGAAUAAUAAAAUAAACAAUAAAUAAAUAUAUUAAAGUUUAAUAAAAGUUGUAGUAAUAAACGACACUAUGUAAUAAUCAAAUAAUGAAUGCAUUGGACCGUGGUUUUGUUUCUUCAGGGUCUUCGCACUGUCCGUUGCUUAAUCUGAGCUGUGAUUGGUUUAACUAUAUGGAGUGUGUUGAAAACAAAGGUAUGGAAGUAUGGAUCUUGCUCUAUAUUUGUUGAAAAAUGAAGACGACCUUUUACCUGUAACAGCGAAACAGUCGCUUAAAAUUAAAUUAUUAUAAAGGGCAAGUGCAAAAACAUUGGUUUCCAUACUGGGAAAUGGACCCAAUUACUUCUCUAAAAUUCUUUUUGUUCAUAACGUGAACAAUGUAUGUCUACCAAUAAGCAGCAGGUAAACUGAUGAAGUCUGAGUAAUCCAGGUACCCUAUCGAGGCGUGAUUAUUAUACAAAUAAACACUACUUUUCUAUGAUUUAUCAUUUCUUGCCGACAACAGAAAUGAAAUUGCUUUCUACUUACGAAGUCUUUCUUGUGCAUUGUGUUAGUUAAAUGCGAUUUUGAGGAUGGGCUGUGCGGGAUGGAACAGGGUCAUUGGCGCAUUGGAUCUGGCUCAACACGCACGAAGAACACUGGCCCGGAUUAUGAUCACACCACACUUGGACCUGACGGUUGGUUUGAGUGAUACUAAGUCUCAAGUAUUUCAGUUUUCUUUUCGUAUUCCCUUUUUGAAAAGGUGCCACCAAGUGCUACAAACCAUCUCAUGAACAACAAGCUGCACUAAGUUUAUAUUUAAAAAGAAUUAAAAUAGUUACAACAAUAGUAGAAACAAUGCAAUAAAGAAAAUGCUAAGAGAAACGAAUAGGGCUGAUACAUCAACGAAUGGGCUGGUAGGCAUCAACUGAACUUGACAGCUGUUCCAGACUAAACGUUCUUAUUAUGACAACGUGUAAGAGACCAAAAGCUUUGAUAAGAUUUCUGAUGCACUUUGUUUGACUCUAAGUCUUUUGUUCUUUCUAAGUUUAUUUAUGUAUUUACUUCUGCCAUUCCUUUGUUUGUAUUUAUUUACUUAAUAUCUAUCAAGGAAAAUACCUAUUUCUGGAGGCAUCGGAGCAGAAGGCAGUUGAGGGAGCCAUUCUGGCCAGCAGUACAAUUGGUCCUGGUAAAUCUAUUUGUGUGCAGUUUUGGUAUCACAUGAAAGGAAAAGAUAUCGGGAGCUUGAAAGUCAACAUCCAAACUAAUGAAACAAAAACGCUAGUUUGGAACACGACUGGUGAACAAGGUGACAAAUGGAACUUUGGACAAGUUGGAUACAAAGGUGACACGAAAAGCUAUAAGGUAAGAGUGUCCUUACAUGCAACAAGUAACUUAAUAACUCUUCUAAAUCUUAUUUUCCGUAGUAAUGUUCUUAAUUUUAUUACUGAGAUUAGACAAUCGGAAAACUAGAGGGCCAGAUAGAGGUUGUUGUUGUUGUUGUGGUUGCAGUUGUGAAUUGAUAAGUAUAUUAAGAAAGUUCUCCUCUUCUAUCACAUGGAGGGCUAUUUGAAGAAAAUGAAGGCACCAGCUAGUUCAGUCACAAAUUAAAUGAUUCUCUUUCUUGUGACUAUUUUUAUCUUAUCUAGAAAAAAAUUCUUUAUUCAAUGUUUAGGACUGUGCCAGGACUAACGUCACGUGAUCUUACUUACUGUUAAGAAUAAAAGAAUGCCUAAUCGAGAACAGACCUCGUUUUUGUACGAUAUGACACUGAUAAACGUGUUCGUUGCUCUGAGAUAUGGCACUCCUUAAACACUCUUUUGAUUCCUCUUUCCAGGUCAUCUUAGAGGGGGUUGUUGGUAGUGGAAUUUACGGAGACAUUGCUAUUGAUGAUCUAUCCUUACUUGGCCAAAAACAAUGUGACACCAUAACAGGAAAUGGUUUGUUUACCAUUUUAUUGAAAAUGCUGCUUUGUAAGUCUCAGUUUACACUUGUUCAUUGCCCAUAAUACACAGAAUUUGUUUUCCCCAACCCACCACCCAAAAAUGAACAAACAUUGUUUCCAAUGUCUCCUCGGCAGUACAAUUGUCCCGAAAGUAACUGAGAAUCAGUGCACGAUUUGGGGGGAGCAAACAAAGUGCAAGGCUUUAAAAAGAUCCUGGUAAGAUUUAAACUACCUAUGUUCAAAAGACACCUGGUAAACGAAUAUGUUUCAGUUUAUUCCAUGGCAUUUGCUGACGUCAUCAGGUGAAAAUUAUUGAAAACGAUUUUUCAAAUCUGUCAAAUGACCAUCACCAAAGUAAACGUUACCUGUUCAUUUUCAACUACUUUAUUUAACAGAACUUCCCGGAUGUCUGUUUGAGGUGAAUCAGUGCGCUUGGGAGUCAAGUGACAACUGGCGGAUGAGUAAACUUUCGCCUUUGAAAUCUUUGGAAAAGGAUUGGCAAAACACCCUGGGUACGUAUAGAGUUUCUUUACUUUUUUAACAAACCCAGUGAAGCAUUUCUCUUUAAAUUGUUUUAAUGUGAUAUUCUGCAGGGGGAUUUACAUAUUUGCAAGGUUGUUCCAACACGAACAAAGGAUUAGGGUGCUACGGGACUUUGAAAAGUCGACGAAUUUUGCCUGAAGCAGGUUGGAAUUGUUUGCAGUUUUGGUAUCAUCCGGGAACCGCCGGAGUCAAUUCUCUUCAGGUGUCUUUAAUAAUCAAUAAAACCAAAGCCUUUUUGUGGAGCUCAGACUCUUAUCAAGGAAAAGGUGGACACUGGAUGUAUGUUCGCUUGUCACUCGACUCUGGCGCAAGGCCAUACCAGGUCAGUGAAUACUAACGGAUUAUGAAACCACUAAAAGCUAUUGGAACAUGAACAGCUUAGUUGCAAGUUUUAACAUCUCUGAACCUCAAGUUGGGUUGAUACUCCCUAACCCUAUCUUAACUGAGGAAACGGAAGAUUUCCUACCUGAUUUUAACAGCUUCUGACUCACAAAUAGGAAUUGACUGAUUCCUGUUUACUUCCAGUUCUAAGAAAGGCCUUGCUACAACUUUAUAAAUCAGCAGUGUUAACAAAUCUCACCUACUGUCACACACUGUUUGGCAUUUUUGUAAAGCGGUCGAUACAAGCAAAUUGGAGAGGGUCCAGGGACGUGCUCUGCGUGCCGUUUUCAACAAUACUGCGGUAGCGUAUGAGAAACUCCUAAAAUGGGCAGAUAUACCGAGUCUGGAAAAUAGGCGUUUCCAGGAUUUAAUCUCAAUGUACAAAGUUAAGUAUAACCUCGUUCCUAAGUCCAUUAGUGAUAUACUUUUUAACUAUAACAAGAAAUACAACCAAGGUAAUGUGGACUUCCCUAUCCCCAGAUAUAGCACUGUCUCUUAUGGAAGACAUAAUAAGGUAUAUUGGACCCUCUCUUUGGGGUAAGAUGAGAAAAGACCCUCGCUGUAAACCUAACCUACAAUCUUUUAAGAGUGCGAUUCGCACCAUGGACAUUACUUAAAUGUUCUUGAUUGUAGCUCUUAUUUCCAGGCUUGCCUUUCAUGAAAGCUUUAACUCAUUGUUAUUAAUGACAUAAGUACGUAGUUCCUAGGUUGUUAUAGUUUUACUAUAAAUUAUCAAUUUUAGCUAUGUAUAAAUUUUUAAUUUUAAAAUAUUUAUAUUUAAUGUCCCUAAUGAGCUUCAUUAGCUAAAUACUCUUGACAAGUAAAUAAAGUUCAUCAUCAUCAUCAUCAUCAUCAUCAUCAUCAUCAUCUUCAUCCGAUGGUUUCUUACGCGUUAGUUCAUUGACAAGUACCAGGUCAUAGUUUGAAUAGACUCAAAAAAGAGGCUAAACAUACUAUAAAUGAUGGAGUGACGUAACUGUCCAUUUUAUAAAGGUUUUUUUUUUAUGUUCUUCCAAGUUAAUCGUUUAUUGAUGGGCAAGCGCUCUAGGCUUAUUUGCAAGUUACAAGCUUCGCUGCUAAUAUUAACAAACAAAUAUUGAUAAACAGGCGGGCAAGUGCAUAUAGUUGUGUUGCGGUAAAAGGGACUAGCCAGCUUCUAUGUCACUCUUUAACGCUGCUUUCUGCGUUACCAAGAACACUCAGUAUCAUGACAUGUCUAAAUUCUUUAUCCUUUCAUUUUUUGGAUGUAACUAGGUUCUUCUUGAAGGGCAGACGUCCUUGAGGUGGGCAUUCCUUGCCGUGGAUGACAUAGCUUUUCAAACCGAAAGAUGUGAAGCAAUUCCCUGGCAAGGCAAGUGUUAGAGGGCGGUAACGCUAUCGCCCCGAAUUGCAUGAUGGGAAUAAAAACGGUGGACACGUUUCCUACUGGCAUAAGAGUCAGUUUAAGUGUUCUGUCACUGGCCUAGAAUUGAUGAAAAAAAUUCAUAUUUGUGUACUGGGAAUUUAAUAAACCUAUUAAAGCGAAAUGUGUUUUGUUUUUACUGAACAGCGAUGAUCUUAUUUCACGUGCUGUCACUGUCCAGCUAUUGUGCGGGCCAUCGUUUCAUAACACUAAGCAACUUUGUAAGAAGGACAAAACUUCAUCUUAAUGAAUUUCAGAGCGGCUGAUUUUUUCAGUGCUGGAAUGCAUUUUGAUCUGAAUCUGUGAUUAUCUUCCAAAGAACAUUGUUUUGUUACAAUGUAAUUUUCAUUCCUAAAAGUACAUCUUGUCGAUUACUAAUUAAAAUUAAAAGCUCUUUUUGUUCAAACUUUCUUAAACAUCACCUUAGGAAUGCCCUUUUUGAUAAUAAUUAUAUUUUCCUUUAUCUCUUAUCUAUUUAGAG